AUGGUGCGGGAUUUGUUGAGGCGAAGUGGAGGCACCGGUGUUACAUACAUUAUUCCUUCAAAGUGGCAACGUCCUUGGUCGCCUCCAAUAGGCUACCAGUGUGUCUACGAAUCUUAUUUUGGGGACCAUACAGAACUCUGGUUUCCGACUCCCCAACUGAUCACGUCUUAUGCGUUUCGUCAGGACAUCGCAAUCUGUCAGUUGCUCAAUGGGUCGCUGCGCAUUGCGGUUAUUCUGAUGGUGAUGGCAGCGGAGAUAGACGUCUCAAUGAGCGUGAGAGUGUUCGAAGAGUUAACUUUCACGAAGGCGAAGCCGCAUGGGAUAUUUUCAGUGAAGAUGCGUUUGAGCUACAACGUCUUGGCUGGGGAUCCUAACAAGACGAAAGACUGGCAGCGCUCAUAUUUUUAUAUCAAGUUCGACGAGCAUGCCUUCUCGGAACCUCCUGGGGACGACUAUCGCGUGCUAUGGAACAAAACGGUCGAUAGAUAUUUUCGCCAUCCGAAUACGAUCGCAUACCCGGAGAAAUUCUUCGAGAGUGUCCGGGAAAUCGCGGCUCACAGCCAUCUCCGUUGGCCCGAUCUUAGUCGAGAGUGGAUAAGACGCCAAGAAGUUCGGAUUGCCAGAGCGUCGACCAGCUCUGACGGUGACCGGGCUUCCAAGGAAGGAGCACCCGAUUUAGUUGACGAGGGCGUUGGGGCGGAGCCUCCUACCUCGAGUCCCAAAAAGAAGAAGAAAAAGAGUAGGAAAUCCAAGAGGAGAGUAACCGAAGAGCUUCCUCUUGAAGAGAUCGCUUCUCUCGGUGAAACCUCUGAGGGUUUGGAGGCAAUGAAGGAAAAAGGAGGAAGGAAGAGGCCUUACGAAGGGGCUACUUCCUCUGUUGAUCAUGGAGAGGCGCCGGUAGAAGAGCGAGAGGGCGCUGCAGAGGAUCCUGUCGAGACAAACCCGUCCGAGGGGGUGCCUGAGGAUCGUCCUAGAAAGAAGAAGAGAUCCAUCGAAGCGGAGCCGCAUCCUUCUGAUGUGGAGGCGGCUCUAGUCGAAGUCGUCACGAGAGACGGAUUUUGUCCUGAAACCCCUCCAGAGAAGAGAAAGGUCUCAACGCAAGGGAGUGAUCCUGUUACGAGCGAGAGGUCUGCUCCUGAUCCGUCUGCGAGAAAAGGAUCUCGUUCUGAAGGUUCUAUCGUGAAGAGGGGGAGGAUCAAGUACCUUGAUCGCGUCGAGUUUUCCUACGAUGAGACAACUCCCCUAAUCCUUAAUCCUCUUAGGUACGCUGAGCUGAAGUGCGCGGAGCUGACGCGUCAAAUUCGCGGCGGGACAAAGGAGAUGCCGCAGUUGGAAGACCUUUACUUCAAGAGCGAGUACAUCGAUGCUGCUUCCUCUAGAGCACGGAGUGACGGGAGCAUGAACUUCCUCGUUGAGAAAUACGACAGUGCUCUGAAGCAGACGAUGAUCCAGUUGGGGUCUUCGGAGAAGCUUGCCCAUGCGAGGUUGAAGGCCAUCGAGAGAUUCGAAGAGCUGGAGGGUAAGCUCAAAUCUGCCGGAGCGGCAAGGAAAGAGCUUACCCGAGAGAACACUCGUCUGGAGCAAGCGACCGCGAACCUGGAGAAGGAGAAGGCCGAGCUACUCAAAGAGAGGGACACUGCAGUAGAGAAGUUGAUCAGAGAAAGACAGCGCUUGAAGGACUCUCGGAGUUUGGAGGUUACUCGUGAGAGAGAAAGAGUCAAAGCCGCCAUGAUUGACAAGGCCAAUCACUGCUUUGUUCGCGUGCGCGACCACUUUACUCGCUUGGAGGCCCUUGGGAAAGCGAAGAACCUGUACAGUCAGGCUUCGGGAACGAAGAAGUGCCUCGAGAUGAUAAGGGCAAGUGGGACGGAGAUCCCGCAAGAGAUGAUCGACGUCUUCGCUGAGCAGGGGAAAAUCUACGAGACGGAGGCUACAAAACUUUGUGUUGGUCCGCUAUCUGAUAGCGACCUCACUCUUUCUCCGCUGGGACUCCCUUCCCGCUUCGUCGAGGACAGGUUUAGAGGGUCGUUUGAUCCUUAUGGGUCGAACGUAAAUUUGAUCAGACCGGAGACGGCUUCUCAGGUUCCGGAAGGAGGUGACCUUGGAGAGCGUCCAGAGAACGAGCACCUGGAGGAGGUCCCCGGAAAGGACAACCUUGAGAUAGGCAACACUCCGGUUCGAGAGGAAGAGACCGAGAACGUGGGCAUCGAGGAUCCUGUCCUCGUCUCGGAUUCUUCUUCUGAAGGACGAGAAGACGGAGAAGAGGAAGACGAAAGAGUCAAGGAGACGUCGCCGUCGCAGCCUGUCGAGGAAGACCCGACUGCUGCCGCUGCUACAGACCCAGUCGGUCCUUCUGCUCUUGGGAUGCCAGAGGAGAUAGGGACACAACCCGCUAAGGGACUUUGUCCAGCUCUUUCGUGUUUCGAUUGA